AUGGCUGCAAAUCUUGGAGCUAAGCUACCAACCGCCAGACCUCUCAAGGGAAUACCAUGUGAUUUGGCUCGCGUAGAAGACGAGGUGAUUUCUAGCGAGCAUGCCUGUACUGCAGCCUUGGCAUGGGAGAAGUUUCACAGCCGACACUCUCAAGGCUUCUUCUUUAAAGAACGUAGGUAUCUUCUCAAAGAGUUCCCUGAGCUUGGAAGAUCUAAUCAAGACUUCACUGUUCUGGAGGUUGGAUGUGGAGCUGGAAGUUCGGCCAUUGAGGCACUUCCGACGUGGCUGGCUUGUGACGCCUGUCGAGCCUCUGACUUUGGUAUCAAGAGCUCCCUUGUAAGCUGCUGCGAAGGAGGAGCAGAUUUCAUCACGCUGAUUUUCGCUCUUUCCGCGCUGGCAGAUCUGGAUCAAAUGAGCAACCUUCUCAAAGAAUGUUGCUCUGUACUCCGACCCGGUGGAAUGCUUCUCUUUCGAGAUUAUGGCUUGUAUGACAUGACGAUGUUGAGAUUUCCAGCAGACCAAAAAGUAGCUGCUAAUUGCUAUCGCCGUCUCGAUGGUACCUUGUCGUAUUUCUUCUCGUGCGAAGCCGUGCGUGAUCUCUUUACGGGUGCUGGACUGCUCGAGGUUGAACUGGAGUACUGCUGCAUUAAGCUGGUGAAUCACAAAACUAAAGUUCCUAUGAAGCGAGUCUGGGUUCACGCAAAGUUCAUGAAGCCUGACCAUACUAAAUAGAACAUAGAACCUCUGACAAAAAUCGAGUUAAUCGUCAUCAGUUUUUGCUGGUUGGGAAGGACACAACUGCUCCUGGUUCUUCUGGGUGCUUUCAACCCGUGAGAAAUUAUCAGAGUAUACUGGCGAAGGUAAAUUCUCUUACGACGAGCUCUACUCGCAAGCAGCUUUGUGAGGCUGUAUCCUCCCAUAUGAUACUACAGUCGUCCGGAUGGAGAAGAUAAGAAAUGCCUCGAGUUUAAGG